GGGCCAAGGUUGAACCCCCUGUGCCAUGGGCUGAUUGCCAUCGUAGCCGCCAUGGCAUCCAUGCCGGAAGGCUUUCCGGAUGUGGACGAUGAAGGUCCAGAGGAAGACUUGGAAGAGCUUGGAUCGCUCAUCUCCUUCGCCAACCUUGAGCACGUAGUCAAGCACAUCAUCAGAAAGUUCAAAUCCCUGGAGGCUUACAACGAGAGCAACGACGCUGCGAUCAAAAGCCUCAAAGGUGAAAUCGAGCUUCGGGCAACCAUCAUCGGCCUGGACGAGGUGGUCACGGAGCUCAGUCAGCGGAUGGAGAGUCAACAAGACGGCCUUCAUAGCACAAAGGAAAACAUCACCUUGUGCGAGGAGUCGAUUGACCGGCUCAAGGGCAACCAGACCCAGCUGGAGAAGAAGCUCGACACUGUUGUCAAGGAGAAGGCCGUGCAAGACAGGUUGAUCCGCGAGACCCAGGACGCCCUUCUAGACAAGGUCUCCUUGGCGGAGCUCAACAUGUUUGAGGCGAAAUUUGCGGGGUACACCACAAAGUUGGAGCACCAGCAGAUCUUGAACGCCUUGAGUGACUACGCAACCCUGGAUGUCGCGGAGCGCAUUGCAGAGAACAUCAAGGUGCUGUCCACCAGGUUCGACGACUACACCCGCACGGCGAAGCUGGAGCAACAGCUGCAGGAAGUGCGUGACUGGGUCGGGGACGAGCUCCAGAACUACGCAAAGGUUGCACAGACCACCAGCCGGAUAGAAGAGCUUUCGGUGCACAUCAAGGAGCAGUCUUUAGUGUUUGACCGCGUUUAUGCAACCAACAACGACCAGCUCAGAGGUCUCUCUGAUCGCAUCACCUCCAUGUACUCGGAAUUGGCCAAUGACCUGCAGCAGCGGGCCAUGUACGACGACUUGCAAGAGACGAAGAAUAGUCUCAAGAAGUAUGCUCUCCGGGCAGAGACGGAUGCAUUCCAGCAGGACUGCGUACCGAAGCUCCGAUUCUGCGUGGACUCCAUCAAAGCCUUCGACGAGCGGCUCAGGGCGCAGGAUGAUGCUAUCCAGCGCGUCGAUGAGGUGCUUUUGGACAAGGCGGGGAAGUACGACAUCGUCAUCAUCAACUCCAGAGUUGAGCAGUGUCUCCAGAAGGAAGCAGCGAUGAAAGAGUUCCACAUGCUCUAUGACAAGCUGGAACGAUUCAACAAAAGGUUCGAAGACUAUGUCGAGCAAGAGAGCAAGCGCUUGGACGAGUUUCGCCCUCCUGAUUAUGGGCCAAAGUUUGAGGAGCUGAACCAAAAAGUUGCCCUCAAAGCCGACAAGGCUGACCUGGUGGAGAUGUACCAGUUGAAAGCCAACCGCAUUGACUCGGAUGAGCUGGCCAAGCUUCAGGACACCAUUCACAGACAGCUCGAGUAUCUAUCUGUGACGACUUUCGGCCUCAGCAAGCUCUGCCUUGCAGAGGCCAAGCAGGGUGAGUCCAAGACGCUGCGCAUGCAACAGCGGACUCAGGUGCUGAUGCAAAGCGAGGCCUUGUGGCAUUGGAUCUUGCACAACGAGCCACCCCCCAACUUGGACACACUCAGACCGCCGCCGCUCCGCGGCGAUGAGGGCGCGAAGAACGUGGAUCCAGUCAAAGCCGAGCACAUGGACCGCCAGAAACGGGCGAUGGAUGAUCACAAAAGGAACCAGCUCGAGCGGAAGCUGGGGAUCUCAUAGCGAGCUCCAGAGGUUGCUCAGAGCUGAAAGCUUUCUUUGCGGGGGAGCGACCUCACACUGCCCGUGGAUUUGCGUUUUGCGGCCUACUGGACUGGAACUUCCUCACUGACCUUUUGAAAGGAGCACUACCC